AUGCUUUUCACAUCCGCUUUAAUCUACUUUUACCUCACGGUAUUCUUUCAAUCUGCCAAUGCGUUACCUGCUGGCGGUGACGAUCGUCCAUUAAAGCUUCCAAAGAUCUUGACCGGUUGGAGUAAGUCCUCAUCAACACAACCAGACACACCAAAGUCACCCUCAGCUUCGUGGGAGUUUCAUCAUCAAGACAGAAUGGUACAUCAUGCCAGAGUGGCAGAGGAAAGCGUAGGUAAGCAACAGGAUUUCCAUAAUGAAAGAUUCCAUCAUCAUCAAGAUAAGUUGCUGCAUAUGCGUCUUGAUGAUGCAAAUGAAAAGCUGGCAAAAGUGGAAGCAAUGUCUAAGCCUUUACAUUUAUGA